GGCGGUGGGCCGGUACGGCGCUUGGCGGCGGCGGGAGCCAUGGUGGGUGGCGAGGCGGCUGCUGCGGUGGAGGAACUGGUUUCGGGGGUGAGGCAGGCGGCUGACUUCGCGGAGCAGUUCCGCUCCUAUUCCGAGAGCGAGAAGCAAUGGAAAGCCCGGAUGGAGUUCAUCCUGCGCCACCUGCCCGACUACCGCGACCCGCCCGACGGCGGCGGCCGCCUGGACCAGCUGCUGUCCCUCUCCAUGGUCUGGGCUAACCACCUCUUCUUGGGCUGCAGCAUCAAAGCUAAGGUAGAAGAUUUAUCACAUUUUCAUCAUCAGCUACAGGCUCAGCAAAGAGGCUGGGAUAAAUGUGACAUUGACCCCAGCGUCUCUUUCAAGACUCCUGGUAUUACCAACAGAAAGAAGAGAGGCAGUUGGAAUGAAAUGGUAUUACCAACAGAAAGAAGAGAGGCAGUUGGAAUGAAAUGGAAUCUGUGUGGAUUGGCUUUUUAGAAGUUCUUAUGCUUCCGGAAACUAUCAUUGUAAAAGUAUACACGGGCACUUUAUGUAUUUAUAAAUCAUGCACUCUAAGAGUUCAUUAACAUUGGGAAGGCCCUCUUCUGUUUUUAAAUGUCAAAGUUUUUAUUAAAAAUGCCUUUUUUUUAAUGUUAAUAAUGUCAGGUAAUGAAUUUUACAAUUUAGAUUUUUUAACAAUGUUCCUUUUUAAGUAUGAGUGUUUUAUGCCCCUCUCUCCACCCCACCCCAUCCCACCCCACCCAGGCAAAACAACCUUUAUUUCCUUAUUUCUACCUCAAAUUGAUGCCAUAUAUAUACCCCCCUUCCCACACACACUUAUCUGUUUUUUUUAUGGUGAGAAUAAAAUCAUAGGUCUUAGAGGGUCUCUCAGAGGUACCCACUGUCUUUGGGGAAGAGGCAGCCUAACUAAAGUAUCUGGGUUUAUUUUAAAGCUCCUUGACAUGAGAUUCCACAGCUUUGCCAGGCAGCCAAUCAAUUUGUAGAUUCUCUAGAAGGUCUCCCAAGUUGCUGAGCUAAGGCUUACAUUGUUUUUUUCUGGAGGGAGCCUGAGGCUUCAGUCUUAAAGACUUGAGGAACUGCUUUGGAUGUAGCCCCUCAGGAAAUACUUGUUUAUUGGAGUCCUGCUUGUCUCUGAAAUUUUUAUAUUAAUUUGCCCCUUUUUAGUUAGGUAUCUUUUCUGUACCCUUCCCUGUUCCUGAUUCCUCUUUUAGUAUCCACUAUUAAUUUAGAACAAUAAGUGGAAAUCUCCAGGCAUAAAUACUGGGAGAGGGGCUUCCUUUAGAGAGCAACAGUCUGCAUCAGCAGGAUUCAUUCAGUGCCAGGCACUGUGCUUGGUACUGAGGAUAAAAAAAAGUGAGGAUAGUGGAGAAUAAAGACAGUGGACCCUGCCGUAGUGUAAUCUACUGGUGAAUAUAGGUAGUUUAACAGAUGUGUUGAAGAGGAGAGCCUGCUGGGGAAGCAUGGAGUCUUGGGCCAGAAAAAUGGGACAAGACUCACCCACGGCUUGAGGCUAAGGCUGGGCAGCUCCCCUUUGUGGGCCACAUUCUUGCCACUUCCAACUACUAGGAUGGACUGAGUGAAGAGACCAAGGAGGCAGUCUAUCUCUGAUCUGUAACUGAAUAAGCCAUUUCUCUCCUCUGAGCCUUAGUUGGAGAAUGGAGAUCAAAGAAAUAACCUCUCACAAGGAGGUAUGGCAAGGAUUAAUUAAGAUAGUAAAUGUUAGGGAGCCAUAGUGCUCACUGAGCCUUAACCUAUUUUUGUCUUCAAAUGUAGUCCAGCCUCUUUACAUUUUGAUUUAUCUUUACAAAUUUGUGAGGCUUAAAAAAACAAAUUACAAAGUGGAAAAAUCUGAUUAUUCACUGUGUGUGUGUAAAUAUUUUAAUUCAUCAAAUUAUAACUAUGCCUUCAAUUGAGACUUCUAGGUCAGAAACAAUGGCUGAGUCCCUUGCUCCAAUGAAAUUGAUUUUUUCAGAAAUGUACUAGAGUUUAAUAGCAAAUAAAGGACAUCUGGGAGGAAACAGAAAGGAUUAUUCACUUUUAAGAUGCAUUUUUUAUUAGAAUUCUCAUCAUGCGUGCCCUUUUCUUUUUGAGAGAUAAUGCCAAAAUAUAACGAUAGCCAUUUAGGAAUGCAUCCUUUGCAUAAAAUGCAAGUUUAAAUUGUGGAAUAAUAUUGUGUGCUGUCCAGUGGAUUCCAACCAAUAGCAACUCUAUAUGACAGAGUAGAACUGCCCCAUGAGGAUUCCUAGGCUGAAAUCUUUAUGGGAGCAGAUUGCCAGGUCUUUCCCCCUGCAGAGCAGCUGGUGGGUUCGAACCACUGACCUUUUGGUUAGCAGCUAAGUGUUUUAACAAAUGGUUAACAUUGUGCCACCAGGGCUCUCUUCUGGAAUAACAUCUCCCUCUCCAUACCAAUUUCCUUUAGGCUUUGUGUGUGUGAAAAAAAAUUUAAGACCAAAUUGAAAAAAUUACAUUCUUCAAAAAGAUCCAGUAUUCAGUAUUAGAGACAGAUAUAGCUAAUUAUUUGAUCAAGACAUGUGAAUAUGUACCAGGAAUAGACUGCUUAUAUUUUUAAAUGUUCAGAUGAUUGAUUUAAAUAAAGGCUUUUUAUUUUUAUCAUUCAGAAGUUCUUUUUGAAGACUUCUCUAGUUAAUCAAAAUCAAAUUUUCAGAUCCUGUUUUCCCUGUUUUUUUCAUCUUUACAACCUCUGCGGCUGUCUCACCUAUAAAAUUAACCACUCUUUUAGAAUUUCAUCCUUUGUUUUUCUGAAGGAGAAAGCGGCAUAGAAAUCUGCAUUUUUGCAUUGCAGCACUCGUGUAUAGUAAAAGGCCCACUGUCAGCCUUGGAACAGUUCACAUCAGAUACAAGCGGCAAGAUUCUGGCCUCUUCAUAUGUACAAUCCUGCCCACGAGUUGGGGUGAAGGAUUAUAAGAAGGGACUUGGUAAAGUAUCACUUUCCAAAUGGAAGUUAAUGACGAGAAAGGAUCUUUUCUGUUUGUCUCAGACCUUGUGAGAAGCAAUUACUAACAUCCAGUGUAGUUCAUUUAGGGUGUUCAGUUACCUUAACAAUGAUGCUCUUUGAUGUUAUCCAAGCCACACCCAGAAAAUUGCUCUUUGAAACACUCUUGUCUCUGGCCCACCUGACCAAUCCUCUAUGUUAGCAGAGGGAAGGAUUCAGGAUCCAUUCAGACCUGUAGCUCACGUAUAAACUAUCACUGCCCAUUCUCUGAUGCGUUGCUAAUCUCUAGUAAAUAGCAGUGAAAAUGCAUCUGAAAUGAGGUUUAUGUUACCCUAAAUGUCAGCUGGGUGUUUCCCAACUGUCCAGCUCUAAAGAGUGCUGGGUGCCUUAUGUCUGGAGGAAGACAAUCAACUUCUGUUGGUGUCUAAGGCUGUGUGCGCCAUAACAUCUAGUCAUGGCUCUUGUCCUUGACUAGAUAGUUUCGGGACGACUUUGUUCCGUAGGAAUAAAAGUCAGCAUGAAUCCUCCAAGGCAAGACAGUCUUAGUACUUAAACAAUUUUUGGACAUACGGAAAUUGCUUCACUAAAAUAUUUUGCACACUUUGUGCCAGGUGCUUUUCUAGGUACUGAGCAUGCGGCUGUGAAUAAAACGGGAGAAAAAUUUUGCCCACAUGGAGUCUAUAUUCUUUUUAAUAAAAAUAAGCCAGGUGAGAUUGUUUCUUUCCCCGAAUUUCACUAUGCUCCUAAAGUUGAAUCCUGGGGGGUAGGUGAUUACCGUGGUGGCUGCCCUUCUCAUUUUGGUUUGAAAGGUUUUCUCUCAAUGCCAGCAUUACGGGUAGAGUUCUUUGCAUGAGCUGUCAGUGAUGGAAAUGGGCUUGAAGCCUUGCCCGUAGAUGCCCACACACUGAGAGCCAACUGGGCCACUAUUUGUAAGCACUAACCCAGUUAAUAUUUUUUUUGGCCGUUAACCAUUUAGCCCUUCAUUGAACUAAUGCGACAUUAUGUUGACUGAGUCCCUCCGAGUCUAAUCAUGCAAGUCACUUCUAGUGACUUUAACCUACUAUUAGAAGAUGCCCCAAAUGGUAGAAGAUAUGCCGUCUUUCACCAAGGAGGUGAAGCAAAGAGAUUCCAUCAAUUGUUGACAAAAAUUAAACUGUUUCCCGUGAACACAGAUUUUCUUGGAAAUUAUAGAGAACAGAAAUUGAUAUUAAAGUCCCAUUAGAUUUGAUCUAUCAUUGUAGACCUGGGCAUGUUGGCCAGAGCUGCUUCCUUGACUGUGCUGUCAGACGAGGAUGCCUGCCUCUUUAGAGCUUCAGCUGGGGGCCCCAUCCCUCUUUCCCAGCCCAGAAAUGGGCUAAUGAACAACAACAACAAAAAGAAUUCCUUCAAUAUAGUCCUCCCUUCCACCUUCCUUGCCUGGGAGAAUGUUGCUGGUUGGGGCCUGAGGCAGGUCUUGGCCCUCCACUGAUUGAUAGUGAAAGGACAAUCAAGGCUAGCCUUGAGCUGUGUGGGUCUAGUGGUUAAAGUCCACGUUGUAAAAGCCAGCAGCAAAUUCUCAUCAUGUUAGGACUGCAUUUUCUUUUCCCUCUGACAUUUUGUUAUAUUAAGAAGACUGUUUCUAGUAGGUGUGAGCUGGUAUUUUCUUCCUCCUGAGUUACCUCUCAGGGUGGGCAUCUUCAAAGUGGUGAUAAGGAUUCCUACCUACUUCAAUCUUUAUUGGAGGAUUCAGUGGAAAAACAAAGUACCGGCACUUGGUGGGCUCUCAUAACCACUUCCUCAUUCCUGCCCUAGUUUCCCUUUGAGGCCAAGCAGGGAAAAUAUGAAAACUCUCCAACUAAGUUAGAUUUACACAAAAGGAAAGGGAAUGCCCACAAUUACCCCACCCAACCAGGCUCCAUCCUCAGGGCUGCAAAGGUGGACCUUUUAAGUGCAAGUUGCAGAGCAAGGCCUAAAAGAAACUUGUCAUCCAUUAGGUACCCAGCACAUGUGUUGACUGAAUGAAUGGUAGCAGGCACUGAACAAUGCAGCAUCAACCAAAUGGCAGACUGCUCUGGAGGGCAGGGGGAAACAGAACUUCCAGAGGGCUGCCAUGAAGAAAUGACCAACCUUGGCCAGAGCUUACGUGGCUUGCACAACCCUCUCCCAUAGUAGGUGCUUCAGAGCCUCUGUACCACCUGGGUAUACAGCCUGUGGGUAUACUUGUUUUUGCCAUAGGCAUGGCCUUUGCUAUAUAGCAUUGGUACAGAGGGCAGUGCCUCUGGCACCUAGCCAGGGAAAGGGCUCCUGCACGCUGGGCGACAAAGCUCGGCCCAGGGUUUUGUCUUAUAAACUGACUCGAUUGCUCAUCACUGAGUGUAAUUGCGGGCCCCAGCUGGACCAUCACCUAUGGUUGCCACUUCUUAAGCCAGCUAUUCUAAACCUCCCAGGUGGCCAGACUAUGACCCAUUUCUUUCUACCUCUCUGUAUUUUUUUUUCUCUAUUUACCAAAUUAUCUUUCAUGACUAUGUUCUCCUUUUAUAACAAAAAAGAAAACUUGUAUUAAAGUGUCCCCAAAGGAUUAGGAGCUUGGAGCCAGGAGGAGGCCCUUUGCUGUCUCUUAGAGGCCUGGUCCACUGCCCAGGUCUGAGCAGACACAGCCAAAGUUUGUCUGGAAAAUGGUUCUCAGUCCUGGGCUUUAAGUCUCCAUUUUUGAUGCUUAGAUUAUCUCUUACAGCUUGAUCCUUCAGACCUGGUCUUGAGGGGGUAUCACAGUGAUUGUGGUCUGGUCUCAAGCUGUUCUGUACAAAAGGUGACCCAGUCCCUAUCAAAGAGCCAAUGUGUAAAGACUAACAAAAGCCAGAAGGGUAACUUUCUCCCAUAGAUAGGUUCAAACUCACUAUUGUCAGGCCUUGAUACUACCUGGCUGAUCUUCCUGGCUUACAGAUCCUUUGUACCCACCCCUGGGAUGGACCUUGUUUUCACUCUGAAGGUAAGCUCUUGAUGUUCCUGGGAGUCUUCACUUGGAACCAUAGCCUAUGUGCCCAUACAAGAACAGUCCUGUAACCAAAACCCACUGCGACAAAGUAAGGUUACCAAUUAAGAUUUUCUUUGGAGAUAAUGUUCCAAGCCUUUAGCCAACUCUGGUGAUACGGGUUCUGGAUUCCUUCCUAUUCUUGGCCCAGCACGGUUUUUAAGCCAAGCAGAAACACAGUGUUCUACUGGAAGAAGGUAUCCCUCAGGUUUGGAAAUGAUACAGCAGGUAAGCAGCUUCCUGUUUGUCUUUGCACCAGCACCACCAAGCAAAAAACAAAACUUCCCAACUUAGUUUUGUAAAAUAACUUUACACAGAGCCCAGCUAAAGAGCAGCAAGUUUCUCUGCAGUUGACAUUCUCCUGUUGAGCCCAGCUAGUCCAGUUCAGCUGGUGGGCUGUGGUAUUCUUGGCAAAAGGACUUGUUUGUAAAGGAGGAGGGGAAAAGGGCAACUGUAUCCUUUGGGCUUCAGACAGGAAGCAGCGAAACCAACCUUUUGCUCUCCAGAGGUCUGCAUUAAGUGCUCUUAUGUUUGCAUUUUGGCAGCCUUAAGAACGCCACAGUACUCCUCCCUCACUCCCAGAAGAAUGAUAGGCAGCUUCAGGAUAGGAAAGGAUGGCUCAGGUUGAUGGGGAGUCUCAGAGGAUCCUUUCAGUGACAGGCUCUGCUCCCCUCUCCACAAGCUCACACCUAAUGGCACUUCAUGAAUCCUAAUCUUCCAGGUCAGACUUCAGGUAGGCUAACCUUCCCAAGGGACUACAGAAGCAUCACACUUGUAACCAAGAAUAUCACCAUGUAAAGACCUAAUGAGCUAAAUGAUUAUUUGCUUCCUCUCAAAAGAAUUUGUCCUUUUUAUUAGGGUCUUCUCAAACAUGGUAUUGCAGAAGUCACUGAUAAAAGCCUAAGGUGGCCAAGCUUUAGCUCUGACGAAACGCCAGAGUUCUGAGAGUCAGUUCAUGCACUCUUCUUAGCCAAGUAUGAAUCUUCCAUGUACCAAAAAGGAAGCUUGGAGCCAGUCCUUCCUGCUUCUUGAGUUCAACUCUCAAGGAGCUAAUGCUGCUGAGUUGAGGGAGAGCCACACAUUCAACAAGGUUUGUAAAGGACAUGGCUCAUUCAUCUUUUUGGCCAACUUAAAAAAAAAAAAAGCCCUAGCCCAGUUAUAAAUAGAGAAAA